AUGGCCAUCGACGGUUUUGAGCUGCCCUGUGCUGUCACGGCAGUGUUUGUCUUGCACUUCGUUUUCGUGGACACGUUUGCCGUUGGGGCUGCUCGAACACCCUUUCAACUCAAGUAUCCCUUCACUACAGAGCUGAAUGACCCAAGGCAGCUGGAGCCAUUUAUUCGAGCGUUGCGUGCGCAACAAAACCAGGUGGAGCAGGCUUGGGCCUUUUUCCUGGCCAUGUGGGUGUGCUCCUUUGCGCUGGAUGCCAACUUUGCUGGAGUCUGUGGCAUUGUUUGGGUUCUGGCCCGGAUGGCCUAUGGCUACUUGUAUCGGCUGAAUCCCAGCCGGAACAAGUUGAUAUGGUGCACCGCUCCAGCCUACGCUGCGCAGGCAAUGUGCUGUGGUGGCAUUCUCACCGGAAUUCUGCCAUAUUCUUUGCCGGUGUCUGCCGGCAUCUCCAGCAUUGUGGUGAUUUUCUUCGCCAUCUAUGGCUGGUUUGUAUACCGCCCUUGGCUUCAACAGUACGUGGAAGAGGAGAAGAGCAGAUACGAUGCUCAGCUCAUUUCGCGCUGA